AGGGUGUAUGGGCUCAAUGACAAAGUCUGUGUUACCUCUUUAAAACACACCAUCCUAAUCAAGAAAACGGACAUUGAUACUUUCUUCUCAAAGGACUCAAGAGUUCAAUUCCACGGAAACCUGAAUGGAAUAUUGGCUCGUUCGUGGUGGAGUUGUAAUGUUUUUGAAGCAAUAAAUAAUUUGCCUCCGUCCCGCAGCCAACAGUUUCAAGGCAGCCAGGAUACUGCCAUUGAGAAUUGUCCUACACACACACCCUCCUUCCUCCUCCUACGUGUGUGUGUGUGUGUGUGUGUGUUUGUGUGAGAGAAAGACAAAGAGAGAGAGAAAGACAAAGAGAGAGAGUGUGUGAUUCCUGGAAAGAGGAUGAGGGCCUCAGUGCUCCUAGUCCUGCUUCUGGCAAGUUUGUGUGCUGGGAGUUCACGCUUCGCUCGUGACACGACACAAGAUGGCCCCAACCAAGACCCCGCCAACCUCGCGCAGUCCAGCCCGGCCGUGGCCACGGGCAACGGCUCCAGCCCUGCCGCGGCGGCGGAGCGGCCCAUGGUUCCGCAUCCGCCCAUGUGCAUGAAGCAGACGGAGAUCAAGCAGGCGUUCAAGUACGUCAACACGGUGGUGUCCUGCAUCAUCUUUGUGGUGGGCAUCAUUGGGAACUCCACCCUGCUGCGGAUCAUCUACAAAAACAAGUGCAUGAGGAACGGGCCCAACGUGCUCAUUGGCUCCCUGGCCUUGGGGGACCUCCUCUACAUCCUCAUCGCUAUCCCCAUCAACGUCUUUAAGUUGCUGGCUGAGGACUGGCCUUUCGGCGUCUACAUUUGUAAACUGAUGCCCUUCAUUCAAAAAGCCUCAGUCGGAAUCACCGUUCUCAGCCUGUGUGCCCUGAGCAUAGACAGGUAUCACGCGGUGACGUCCUGGAGCCGGGUGAAGGGCAUGGGGGUGCCGCUAUGGAAGGCAGUGCAGGUGACACUGAUCUGGUUGGUGGCGGUGGCACUGGCGGUGCCAGAGGCGAUGGCCUUCGACAUGAUGGAGAUCUCUUACCGGGGGACCAAACUGCGCGUGUGCUUGUUUCCCCCCCACCAAACAGCACCGUUCAUGAAGUUCUACCAGGAUGUGAAGGACUGGUGGCUGUUCGGCUUCUACUUUUGCCUCCCGCUGGUGUGCACUGGCAUCUUCUACACCCUCAUGACCUGUGAGAUGCUACGACGUAAGAAGGGGAUGCGCAUCGCUCUGAACGACCACAUGAAACAGCGGCGUGAGGUGGCCAAAACCGUGUUUUGCCUGGUGGUGAUCUUUGCCCUCUGCUGGUUGCCGCUCCAUCUUAGUCGCAUCCUAAAGAAGACCAUCUACGAUCAGUCCGACCCAAACCGCUGUGAACUGCUUAGCUUCUUAUUGGUGUUGGACUACAUCGGUAUCAAUAUGGCCUCCCUCAACUCCUGCAUCAACCCUGUGGCGCUCUACUUUGUCAGCCAGAAGUUUAAAAACUGCUUCAAGUCAUGUCUGUGCUGCUGGUGCCAAAGGAAGUCCAGGAAUAUCUCUCCGACAGACGAGCGAGGAUCCGGGGUGCGCUGGAAAGGCUCGUGCCAUGGCAACGGCCUGGACCGAACCAGCUCGCGGUCAAGCCAAAAGUACAGCUCCACCUAAAGGAGCCAGCCGAGGAGCUUGGAGACAAGCGGCAGGACAAGUCCGCUUACGGUUCUCUUGUCCACCAUGCCCACCACUAUUCACUGUCACUGCACAGACUAAUGAGAGUGCCACUGACUUACUAUUACUCCUUCCUUAAUACCCGGAUAUGAAGCGCAAGUUCUACCAAGGAGGGAUACCCUCACAAGCAGGCAUGCAGAGUAAAGUCCUGGAACAAACCAGAGAGGAAACUAAACAGGUUGUGAUCCUGCUGGUCUGGCUGUUCGUCACUGAAAUGGAGUGUUUAUCCAUGUAGAAAAGAGAAAAAAAAGAAAAAUCUUAUAUAUUAAACCACAAAUAUGUAUAUUUUUUAAUCAUGUGGACUUUUUGAUUAACUUUUAUUUUUCAUUUAACGUUUAUUUUUUGUUUCUGUGGCACCCUGGGCUGUGCUCUCUGGAUGUUCACUCGCCUGGUUACAUGAUUUAAAAGGGGGCAGAGCAGUCGAGGACGAUGAAAAAUGCUGAAAAACGCUGAAAAACAUCCUCUCUGGGCAGGAGUUUAGGUGGGCCUAACUGUGGGACACAUUGAAAUUAUAUCAGGGAGGGUGGGUGG